AUGAAUGAUUCAACUAGUUUAAGUAGUUUAAAUUCAGCUGAUUUUAUUCUGGUUAAUAAAGAACAACCUCAACUGAAAAUUGCUGCUGGUAGUGAAAUUGGUGAUUUAGAGCCGAAUAUGGCAGAAAUAUUAAAUGAAACUUCUGAUAAUAAUGUCCCAAUAUCUGAAUCAAAUCCCGAUGAUAAUUUGUCUCAAACAUCAAUUGAACAAAAAGAAUCUCGACCUGAUCUGACCAGUAGUGUACUAUUUCAUGGUGUAACUUAUUUAGGAUCUGCCACUGUCAAUGCACCUCGAUCUAAAGAAGAACUUCAUAGAUAA